UUGCUAUAAUUAUUGAAUUUAUUCACAAAUGAAACAUAAAAAUCAGAGUACGCCCAUUGAGAAAUCUGAGGGGAGGAAACGAUCUAUUGUAAAACUGAAAAGAAUGGGGGUCAAAAACAAAAUUUCAACUGUACUUAAUAAAUCUAAAAGAAAAGAUAUUCAAAGCGAUCAAUAUGACCCAAGAGAGGAUGAUAGUCUCCCUAACAUCAGUGGGCUUCCUAGAUCAAGGAAUUCCCAAAAUAGCAAUCCAGGGGGAUUUCAGUCAGCAAUAAUUGAGAAAGGAUUACCAAAAAUUUCGAAGGAGGACACCAUCCAGACACUAACCAAUCGGAAAGUUCCAAACUCAAAAGACAUUCUGUGUCGAAAUAUUCAAAAUCUGAGAAAUGUGAUGAACAAUUCGAAAUAUUAAAAGAUAGAAAAAGGCAGGUUCUUAACCGCAUGUUAGAGGAACGAAAACUGCUUGAAAAAGGGUUCAACGCCACUUUGAUAGAGACUGAGGAUAUCCAUGUCCACCGAAGAUCAAUGGAGGACAUUUAUAAUCAUAAGAUUAAGCAAUGCUCUAAAAUUAUAAAGGAAAAAGGAAAUUACUAUCCUCCAGAACUCAAGGAAGCCAUUUAUGAUAAGAUUAAACCUAUUUUUGAAAGAACCCAGAAGGUUAUUGAGCGUAGCAGAAUUGAGCAGCAACCAAAGGAGAUGCCACGCAAGGAGACACCUAGGAAAAAACACCUCAAAAAGAAAAUCAAAAAGAGGAGCAAGAAGAUAAGCAAGACUAAGAAUAAUAUUAUUUUCAAACAGCUUAAAGAAUCCCAAAUCGAGAAGGAGGAAGAUUUCCCAAUUAAAUCUCACUGGCCUUCAAAUUGGAGGUUUAAAGGAAACCUUCCUGAUGAAACUACUAAGUCAGAAAGUUCACACGCGGCUAAAUAACUUGAGAUUACAUUACCAGGAUCUGUUUAGGAAGAUUAGUUUACGAAUUAUUCAAGUAAUGAGACCCAACUCGAUUAAAACUCAAAACUACUCUAAAGGAGAUUAUGUAGAAAUCCCUAAUUCAAUAGAGCAGAAACUCCCUGAUAAGACCAUUUUAGAGGUCAAAAGUGUAAAUGCAACGAAUGCUUGUAAAACACAAAGGGAUUUUGCAAUUAAAGAAAAAACCAUAAGGGAUGAGAAACGAACUUACUCAAUUCCCUUAAAGUCUUCUCCUUCAGAGAAUCAAUUCACCAUGCUAAAGUCACAAUCGCACUUCCUGACUCAUCAGGCCGGGGAGAGGAAGGAUAAAUUAAAAGCUGUUGGAACUUUAGCUGGUAAAAACAAGAUUAAUAGAGUUUAUUUGGCAAAACCAAGCAAGAAAACUCCUAAAAUAUCCACUGAGAAGUUCAGGAGGCGGUUUGGUGUUGAUCCGGAGAAGAUAGAAUCAGGCAGGGUCAAAAUAGAUAAAGAAUACCUUGGAGAAGAAGUCCCAAAGGAGCUGCAAAAGAUCCAAUUUGAAGAUCCUAAAUAUAAACUAGGAUUUGGUAGACGAAGCUAUUCACAAGGUGAUAUUUCACAUUUAUUUAAUGAAAUAUCAUCUAUAAUGGAGAAUGCUAUGAAUCCUGAUACUGAGGCAAUCAAGGAGGAGGAUGAUACAACCUCUAAGGGUAGCUCACCUAAUCAUCCUGAAAUACUUUCAAAAUCAUGAAGUAGCCUAUACAGUUCAUUCACAGACUCAGAAAAGAGUAACAAAGGAAUGAAAAUCACAACGCGUAUUCCUAAAGCUACAAAUAAAGAUUUUGCAAACUUGAUUGAGAAACUUCGAGAUUUGCUAGAUAAUAAUGAGGAUAAAGUUGUCUCAGAUAUUCAAAGAGUGAACAAUCACAAUUGGAAACACUUAUGAAGAUAUUACGACCAAAAAAUAAAGGCAAUUAUGGAUUCUGAGAUAUAAAUUCAAUAUAAAUGAUAAGCUGC